AUUGUUACAAGCGACCGACGCCGUGGUAGAAUGCAGCGCACCGUGGCACAACAUGCAGUGGCUACGUCAGCUGCAGAUGGGAUUGACGCACCCACCGACGCGUCAGCAGCAGCAUCAGCUCCUCCCCAUCCUGCUGACGCUGCUACUCCCGCCAAAGCCUCCUCAGGGAAUUGGAUCCAGGCGCGCCUCGACCAACUCAAGAACUCGGUCAAAAAGCAUUUCGCACCGCAGUUGACCGAGCUCAAGUCGAAACUCACAACGUCGGCAAGUUUCAGCCGAGACCGCAUUCGCACGAGCGGCGAACAGCUGCAACCAGCGCUUUCCAAGGCCAAAGGCGGUGUGGUCGGACUCACACGACGGGUGUCGCACACAUCGGCGCACAUGCAACAGCAGGUGGAAGCAUUAUUGGGCGCUCGCCUUGUCCAUGACUUGUUUGUGACCAAGAAGCAUGCCGUGGAGGAUGAUCGUUCCCAAUUCGUCAUGGACUCCAAAGCUAGUCCAACCCACUUCGUAGCAUCUGCACACAAUCUCGUGGGCUGGUACGACGCUCCCAACUCAACUUACGCUUGCUCCAUGUCUUCGGUGGCGGCGAUAUGCAUGGACAUGCCUCAUGUUCUGUACACCAUCGUUGCAUUCACGGGCUGUGUGGCUACGUACACACGUUGUUCGGCUGUAAAUCGCGGAAUGCGCCACCAUCUUUUAGCCGAGCCAAGGCUGCACCGAUAUUGUGUUCGUGUUGGUGGGUUGCCUGCGUCGCUUCGGCUUCCAUUCUGGCAACACGUGUCUGGGUCGAAAGAAUUGCAGCAAACUUCGUCAGUAGACUAUUUGACUUACCAGCACGACGCCAAGCUCAAAGGCGAGUGGGUUGAAGCCAUCUACAUUGACGUGCGUCGAACCUACGGUCGUGUAGCUAUCGAGUCUUCUGCCUCUGGUCUUUCAGACGGAUUAUUUAGCCGCAACAAUGCUAUGGAUCACUCUGACCAAGACAUUCAAUCACAACUGACGGGAAUCCUGCUGGCGUUGGCCAGCCGGUAUCCACUCGUGGGGUAUUGCCAAGGCAUGGACUAUAUCGCUGCGCAUCUCCUUCAACAUGUGAUUUCACACUCGACACAAGCCACCGCCGCUUCUGCACUGAGCGCCGUGCCGUUGUCGUCCAAGGCGCAACGGUUGGUCGAGGAAGAAGAAACCUCGUUUUGGCUGUUUGUGGCUCUGUUGGACCAGUACGGGUUGGAAGCCAUGUUCAGGUACUAGUACUACUAGUAUUACUAGGCGUUUUCCCUUUGGGCUGUGGAGAGAUAUGUGUUUUUUUGUUGUUGGCUGUAUAUAUAUAUAUAUUGUAGCCCGGGGCUGAGCAAAUUGCACUUGCAUUGCUAUCAAUUCAAUCGGUUUCUGCAACUCGGGCUACCGAAACUGCAUGCACAUUUUGAAGUCGAAGGCAUGUCGGUGCAAAUGUACCUCGUCGGGUGGUUUCAAACCCUAUUUUUGUACUUGAACGCGUUGCCGCGCCACAGUAUCGACAACAUGUGGGACAUUUUCAUGGCGGAAAAGAGCUGGAAGAUCCUCUUCCGUGUGGCGCUGGCCUUGCUGUCCAUGUGUGAAGCCCACUUGCUUCAACAACCCAUCGACAGCGCCAGUCGUUUCCUCAAUACAUUUGCGACCCACUUGCCCAUGUUGGAGCCAUACGUGCUAGUGCCCACGGCGCUUCGUAUUAAAGUGACCAACCGCCACCUCGCGGACCUGAGCCUCGGAUUUGACAGCACGCAGCCGCUGCCGUAACAGAUGCCUAAUUUAUUCCACCGAAAAAAAUAUAAAGUGACAUGUAAAUUAUAAACUGGAGCUGCGUCUUC